GCCGCCCGGCGUCGGCCGCAACGGGCCGCGCUCCCCUUUUCCGAGGAAGAGAAGAAAGUUAAAGAAGGGGAAGUGGAGGGGAGGGGCCACUGAGACCCCCGAGGGGAGCCCCGAAGGAAGCCCAAGGAGUCCAGGCCGGAUGGGGGUCCUCCUCGGGGGCAAGAGCCCGGCGCCCUCCACCCUCCUGGCAGCCUUCGUCCUGAGCGUUUGCUUCUUCUCGACCGAAGCCUUCAUAAAGAGGACAGACAUCACGAUGGAUCCACCAAAUCCGGUGGCAGGAGGAAAAGUCCACCUCAUCCCACACGACUUAUCUCCCGCCCCAGUGAUCUGCCGCUGGUUCCGAGGAGAAGAUAUUCUAAAUAACACCAUUUUGAUCUUUUACUUCUAUCCAGAGCAUUUCAUUUGGAAUGCGACAGCCUUCACCUGGCGAGAGACCAUGAGGUCCAACUGCACCCUUGAGAUCGUAAACUUAAACUACAACGACACUGCGAACUAUACAGUCCUGAUAGAGGGGCCUUUGGGAUUUCGGAUGGGGAUCGUGGAACUUGUGAUUGAUGCUUCACCUCCUGUCGAACCUGGCAAGCAGUUCAGCUGCACAAUUGCUGGCAUUCUCCUUGCGACCCUAGGUUCCACAAUCAUUCUGACCACAGCGGUUGUCCUCAUUAAAGGUUCUCCUCGCUCAGAACUUCCAAGGGUGGCUGAAGAGAUCAGUCCCGGAGUCAAACAGGCAAGCCGAUACCAGGGUGGAAAAGGCAAGAAGUUUCCAUCUCCAGUGAAAGCCCAUGGUCCACAAGCUGUUGUCAAAGUGGAGGAUAGCAUGGAAUCUGGCGGUUGGUUGACAUAUUUUGUUGGAUAAUGCAUUACGAAGCCAACGCAGAAAAAAAUACAACCGACAACCAGCAAACAAGGAGAAUCUGCGGAAAAGUCAGAUCAUGGAAAAUCCCAUGGAUGUUGUCCAGGUUCCAGUUGAGAAAUCCGUCUCCACAACAUCAUCUGCUGCUUUGGCGGACCACGCAAUGACACGGCCUUGCUUGCAAAUAAAAUGGAAGAGAAACUAUAA